UUUUUGACGGGCAGAAGUAUUAGGGGGGAGUAAAAAGCUUGCGGUGCUCACCCAGGUGAAGGAUCUUACACCAACCCAGGCAGGGCCUGAUGGUUAUUUCAGCCUGAGGUUUCCACCGACCUUUUAGGGUUUGUUUGAUGCAGCUGCCUCUGGUUCCGGGAGGCUGAAAUGCUUCGCUCCAGGCGUUUUCUUCCUCUUCUUCACCUGCCCUCCUUCCCCAGUGUCAGCACGCCGCCGGUAAUGUAAAUACACGGUUACAUUACCGCCGCUGGCGCACGGGGAGGAGCGGACGCGGGAGGUUUUGACAGCCCAAUCCUUCAUGGUCUGAGCUGGGGAAGGCGAGGAAAAUGAGGUGCCUGCCACUCAGCCCGAAUGAGCCGCGUGGGGAAAGCGAGGCUGUCCCCGCCAGUACCCGUCAGGUCGGUUACAUUUGAGACAAAUCCUUUAUUUCAGCUUAAACGCUCGAUUUGGGUCAGCACCUCAGAAACCCAAUUCCGUAGCCCCUGAUAGUACAGCGCUUACCCUUAACAAGAGCCUAGAUGCGUUUUUUAAGGUACUUGCAGGCCAACUGGCCUCGGGGUGUUUUUGUAGGGUCCCGAACUUUUGGAAGGUCAGGGGCAAAUUUAUUCCCCGUGCCUGCUUUGCCUUCUGCCUGCGUCCUGCGUCGCUCGGCCGAACCAAGAGCUGCUGUCACGCCACUUCCCUCUUCUUCUUCCCCUUUCUCUCAGCACGUUAUUUCCGGCUGAAUCACCGAGUUCACGAUGUGAGCGGAUGGUUGGCAUCCCUGGAAGAGCCCGAAUGAUUUCUUCUCCCCACCUUUUAGCGCCGGAAGCCUCAGCAAAGGGGAAAGAAAAGAAGCCCUGAGGGACAACGACUUUUUUGCUCUUCUUUCUGCCCAGCUUCGUAAGGAAAGGCCAGGAGCUGAUGGUACGAAACCACAACCUGCUCACCCGUUUUAACUGCUUUUUGCUCGUGAAUUAUGCAAUUUUCCAGUCUCCUCACCCGGUGUUUUACGUGGCAGGCCUCUGAACCUAGGAAUUACGCACGAGCAAGGUCUGAAGGCCCCUCGCGUGCUGCCGAGCCGCACGCAGCUUUUAUUGCAACGCGGAAUUUCAACGUUAUUUCGAACUUCAGCCAUUUAAACCUGCUUGGGUGCUGCCGUGGCCCCAGCCCGGUCUCCGCACGUGUUCCAGCACGGUUUGUGCAGACCGACUCAAAAAGCCGCGGUCGGUUACCCCACCAAAGGCAACAGGCGGAAGAAACGAUCCCAGGCUGAAACCUUCUCUGCGGACUCAUCGGACGAGGCUGUGGUCAGCGCUGGAUGGCAGGUUCCCAGAUUAAGACUUUUACAUCGUUGAGGUUCGUAACUGAGCCUUCUGAUGCUGUCACCAUGCGUGGAAGCAACGUGCUGUUGAACUGCGGGGCAGAAUCUGACCGAGGAGCUCCGGUGAUCAAGUGGAAGAAAGAUGCGGUCUUCUUGAACCUGGCGGUAGACGAAAGGAGGCAGCAGCUGGCCAACGGAUCGCUCUUGAUACAAAACAUAGUCCACUCCAGGCACCACAAGCCGGACGAAGGGCUCUAUCAGUGUGAAGCAUCUCUAGAAGGCAUUGGAGCUAUCAUCAGUCGGACAGCGAAGGUCAUGGUAGCAGGACCGCUGAGGUUUCUUUCCCAGACAGAAUCCGUCAUGGCUUUUGCAGGAGACACGAUCCUGCUCAAGUGCGAAGUCGUUGGGGAGCCCAUGCCCGUGGUGCACUGGCAGCGAAACCAGGAGGAUUUAUUCCUGAGCCCAGCCGACGCACGGGUGGCUGUCUUGCCCUCUGGAGCUUUACAGAUCAGCAGGAUUCAGCCUGGGGACAGUGGGAUCUACAGGUGCCUGGCGAAAAACCCAGCCAGUUCAAGGACCGGGAAUGAUGCAGAAGUCAGAGUGUUGUCAGAUCCAGGUCUGCACAGGCAACAAUUUUUCCUGCAGCGCCCGUCCAACGUGGUGGCCAUGGAAGGGAAGGAUGCUGUUUUGGAGUGCUGCGUCUCUGGGUACCCCCCUCCCACCUUCACGUGGCUGCGAGGAGAGGAAGUGCUCCCCAUCAGGUCCAAAAAGUAUUCAUUACUGGCUGGCAGUAACUUACUCAUAUCAAACGUGACCGAUGAUGAUUCAGGGACAUACACGUGCGUCGUCACCUACAAAAACGAGAACAGCAGCGGCUCGGCAGAACUGUCAGUGAUGGUUCCACCAUGGUUUUCAGUUCGCCCUGCGAAUCUUUACGCCUACGAGAGCAUGGACAUCGAGUUUGAAUGCGCCGUGUCUGGCAAGCCCGUCCCUACGGUGGAGUGGAUCAAGAAUGGAGAAGUGGUCAUUCCUAGCGACUAUUUUCAGAUAGUGGGUGGCAGCAACUUGCGGAUUCUGGGCUUGGUAAAGUCAGAUGAAGGAUUUUAUCAGUGUGUAGCUGAAAAUGAAGCUGGAAACGCACAGGCCAGUGCACAGCUAAUCAUCCCAGAGCCUGCUGUCCCAAGCUCCAGUGUCCUCCCCUCUGCCCCCCGAGAUGUGGUCCCUGUCUUGGUCUCCAGCCGAUUUGUCCGUCUCAGCUGGCGCCCGCCCGCAGAAGCCCGAGGCAGCAUCCAGGCGUACACGGUCUUCUUCUCCAGGGAAGGCAUCAACAGGGAACGGGCAGUCAACACGUCGCAGUCCGGGACUCUCCAGCUCACCGUGGGCAACCUGCGACCGGAGGAGACCUACACCUUCCGUGUGGUGGCCUUCAACGAGUGGGGACCCGGCGAGAGCUCACAGCCCGUCAAGGUGGCCACGCAGCCCGAGUUGCAAGUGCCAGGGCCGGUGGAAAACCUGCGGGCUGUGUCCACUUCACCUACCUCCAUCCUCGUGUCCUGGGAUCCCCCUGCCUACGCCAACGGUCCCGUGCAAGGCUACAGGCUCUUCUGUACGGAGACGGCGACGGGAAGGGAGCAGAACGUGGAGGUGGAGGGGCUCUCCUACCGGCUCGAGGGGCUGAAGAAGUUCACCGAGUACACCCUGCGCUUCCUGGCCUACAACCGCUACGGCCCCGGCGUCUCCACCGAAGAUGUCACCGUCACCACGCUUUCGGAUGUGCCCAGCGCGAUGCCCCAGAACGUCUCCUUGGAAGUGGUCAACUCCAGGAGUAUCAAAGUUAGCUGGUUGCCUCCACCACCAGGCACUCAAAAUGGAUUUAUUACGGGCUAUAAAAUCCGACACAGAAAGACUACCCGCAGGGGUGAGAUUGAAACACUGGAGCCAAACAACCUCUGGUACUUGUUCACAGGACUGGAGAAAGGAAGCCAGUACAGUUUCCAGGUGGCUGCCAUGACAGUGAACGGGACCGGGCCGCCCUCGGACUGGUACACGGCAGAAACGCCCGAGAAUGAUCUCGAUGAAUCUCAGGUUCCUGACCAGCCAAGCUCUCUCCAUGUCAGACCCUUGACCACGAGCAUCGUCAUGAGCUGGACUCCGCCGCUCAACCCGAACAUUGUCGUCCGCGGGUACAUCAUCGGCUACGGCGUGGGCAGCCCAUACGCGGAGACCGUGCGGGUGGACAAUAAACAGCGUUACUAUUCCAUUGAAAAUUUGGAGCCGAGCUCCCACUACGUGAUUUCCUUGAAGGCCUUUAACAACGCCGGCGAAGGAGUGCCUCUGUACGAAAGUGCCACCACCAGGUCGAUGACAGACCCCAUCGAUCCAUUAGAAGUUGAUUUUUAUCCUUUGCUUGAUGAUUUCCCUACGUCAGUCCCAGAUAUCUCCACCCCCAUGCUCCCACCAGUAGGUGUGCAGGCUGUUGCACUGACCCAUGACGCGGUGAGGGUCAUCUGGGCAGACAACUCUGUCCCGAAGAACCAAAAGACGACAGAGGUUCGCUUCUACACAGUCCGAUGGAGAACCAGCUAUUCUACAAAUGCUAAAUACAAGUCAGCAGAUACGACAGCCCUGAGUCACACUGUCAUCGGCCUGAAGCCUAACACCAUGUACGAGUUCUCUGUCAUGGUCACCAAAGGGCGGCGGUCCAGCACCUGGAGCAUGACUGCCCACGCCACCACCUAUGAAGCAGCUCCAACCUCUGCACCCAAGGACUUGACAGUCAUUACACGGGAAGGGAAGCCCCGAGCCGUCAUUGUCAGCUGGCAGCCACCAUUAGAAGCCAAUGGGAAAAUUACCGCUUACAUCCUCUUCUAUACUCUGGACAAGAACGCUCCCAUUGACGACUGGAUUAUGGAGUCCAUCAGCGGUGACCGGCUCACCCACCAGAUCAUGGAUCUCAGCCUGGACACCGUCUACUACUUCCGAAUCCAAGCCCGCAACGCCAAGGGGGUGGGGCCUCUCUCUGAUCCUGUUUUCUUCCGGACGCUGAAAGUUGAGCACCCCGACAAAAUGGCCAAUGACCAAGGUCGUCAUGGCGAUGGCUCCUACUGGUCGGUGGACACCAACCUGAUUGACAGAAGCAGCCUGAACGAGCCCCCCAUCGGGCAGAUGCACCCUCCCCAUGGCAGCGUCACGCCCCAGAAGAACAGCAACCUCCUCGUCAUCAUCGUCGUCACCGUCGGCGUCAUCACCGUGGUGGUGGUGGUGGUGGUGGCCGUCAUCUGCACCAGGCGCUCCUCGGCACAGCAGAGAAAGAAACGUGCGACCCACAGCGCCAGCAAAAGGAAGGGCAGCCAGAAGGACCUGAGGCCCCCGGAUCUGUGGAUCCACCACGAGGAGAUGGAAAUGAAGAACAUGGAGAAGCCGACGGGCUCCGACCCCGCAGGCAGGGACUCGCCCAUGCAGAGCUGCCAGGACAUCACCCCCGUCAGCCACAGCCAGUCCGAAACGCAGCUGGGCAGCAAGAGCACCCCACAGCCUGCUGCUGAGACAGAAGAUGUUGGCAGCAGCAUGUCCACCUUAGAGCGCUCGCUCGCCGCCCGCAGAGCCACCCGUGCCAAGCUCAUGAUCCCGAUGGAUUCCCAACCCACCAACCCUCCUGUGGUCAGUGCCAUCCCGGUGCCCACCCUGGAAAGCGCCCAGUACCCCGGGAUCCUGCCGUCCCCCACCUGCGGAUACCCGCACCCCCAGUUCACCCUGCGGCCGGUGCCAUUCCCCACCCUCGCUGUGGACAGGACCUUUGGAGCAGGAAGAACUGUAAACGAAGGACCAGCCCCGCAGCAACCCUCCUUGCUACCACCGACGCAGCCUGAGCACUCCAGCAACGAGGACGCCCCGAGCAGGACCAUCCCCACCGCCUGCGUCCGCCCCACGCACCCGCUCCGCAGCUUCGCCAACCCCUUGCUACCUCCGCCCAUGAGUGCAAUAGAACCGAAAGUCCCUUACACGCCACUUCUGUCUCAAACAGGGCCUAACCUUCCCAAGGCUCAGGUUAAAACAGCAUCCCUCGGCUUGGCAGGAAAAGCAAGGUCACCCCUGCUGCCCGUCUCGGUGCCCACGGCCCCGGAGGUCUCGGAGGAGGGCCACAAGCAGACGGAAGACUCCUCUAACGUUUAUGAACAGGACGAUCUGAGCGAACAGAUGGCCAGUUUGGAGGGGCUAAUGAAGCAGCUCAACGCUAUCACAGGCUCAGCCUUCUAGGAGCUGGUGACGGAUAGAUAACGAUCCAGGAGCACUGCAGCAUACCAGGAUUUCACGCACACCACCCGCCUACAUGACCCCAUAAAGUCGUCUCGUUCCCGGUACCACUCCUUCAGCGCAAGGAAGGUUCCUGCAAAGUCCUUGGAGGAAAGAUAAAAAGAAGAAGAAAAAGAAAAAAAAGGAUAGUAAUGGAAACGUUACGGAACUGUAGAUCUGGCAUCCUGAAGUGAUGAAAGCGUGGCAAGACGAACGACGCCAUCGCCGCAGAGUCGCAGCUGAUGCCGCUGGAUCGCUCGUUUUGAUCUCCUAGUCUUCGUAGAGCUCAAGUUGUCCUGACUAACUCAUGUUUUACUCCGUAGAGGUCUGUAGCUUUUCGUAUAGCUCUAGUCUUACCUCACGCAAGUCUGGUUUUAAGCAUAGGCCAUGCCGUUAAGCAGACAGCGUCGUAGGUCAGUCUUUUGUUUUUCUACGUAAUUACUGACUACAGAAACACCCGUAGCAAAUAACCACGCCAAAAUGUUGGAGCUUUUCCCAACAGCACAAACGAGAAGACAAAAUACUCAUUUAUUUUGUCGCUGCGGCCCCUCAUCUCGCACGAGUGCCGGGUAUUAGCGAGUUGCUGUAAAAAUGCAGCCAUUUUAGCAAGCCUUUGGAAACUGACCGAGGAAUUAGGAGGGUUUCUCCAAAACCACCUUUCCUGGUUGAGAUGGGCUCCAGGAGAAAAGCAAGCGAGGAGCGGUGAGCAGCAGGACACGGGGAAGUCUUCGGUGAUCCCCUCUCCCUCUGGUCCCGGUGCUUUGGCUGUUUAUUGACAACUGGCUGAAUCGAGUAAAUUUUGUGUGCACACAUUUUAUUGCUAAAUUUUCAGCUGCAUUCAGAGCUAAUCCCUGUUUAUGCAGCUGAAUCACCAAAAGGGAACUGAUUUGCAUAUUUAUCAGUUAGGAGGCUGCAAAACCCAAUAAGAGAGUUUCAGAUGAAUUAUUCCAUUCAGCUCUGCCUUUGAUUUCAAGCUUGAGUGGGUCAUAAUUUUAAAAGAGCAUGGAAAGGAUAGGAUCUUUACAACCUAAUAGCUCCUUUUAUUAGGUGGGUAAUUAAAUGUGAAUCUCCGAAUAAAAUAUUUUGAGUAAAAUGGCACUGCAACAGAAGUAAUAAUUCAGAUUAUUUUCUACAGCCCCGUGCUGUAAAGGAAAAUCAGAUGUCAAGGAGGAAUUCGAAUGCUUCAUUAGGAACUCCAGUGUGUUUGUGAAAACGCUCCUUAAAAAUGCCUUGUUAUUCAAUUUGCUAAGAUCUUAAUGAAAUAUUUCUGGAGAGUAAGGAAAUCCUGUGUGUACGGGCAGCUGAGCUUUCCAGCUCCGAGAUUCGUUGCCAAAAGACUCUAGUGAAAAUAAACUGCACAAAUCUUCCGUGCGGAAAACCCUGCUCAGCUGUGAGGACCUAUGAAAUCACUACCUCCAUUUUCACUCAGAGAAAGAGGGCUUAAUGCAGCUUUUGAGUAGCUCCCCUUCGAUAUUUGCAGAGAUUGACAUUGUUUGAAGUGGGAACGUAAGGUCGGAUCUGACUCUCCCUGAUCCUUUAGAAAAUACCUGUUACCCUGGGUUUGCAGCGGGCUAUCUGGGAACGAAAACUGCUCCAGGACUUAAAUCAUAGGACAUUAAUCCAGAAGCAAGUGUCUAACCAUCCAAAACUGCCUGAUGAGCCGCCAUCGGGUUCGCAAAUCGGGUUUGGUUUGGUUUGGACACAACCGUUGGGGUGUCCAGGCGCUUUCUCUGAACGUUUUGGUAUUGAUCUUCCUUUCCAUUUAGUUCAGGCAUCAGCACCAAAGCCCCUCAAAGUCUGCAGGUUGAUCUGGCACUGCUGACGGUUCGAAGCAUAUCUAUUUCCAGACUUGGCCCAUUUAAAUCAAUAAGCUCCGCGCCGAAAGGGGUCUUCGUGUGCGCCGUCUCUGGGAAGGGACAACCCGAUCAGCUCAGCCCGAGCAAGGCCCAACAACUCCCCUUCCCCCUUUUUUAAUAAAUGAGCAAGAAAUUUCAAUUUACGUUCAGCAUAUCUCAGUAAAACUAAAUUAUCCCAUAUAAGAACAUCAACUUUCUGAAAUUGUGUGUUUUUCUUUUCCCAAAUCCCAGAAGGUUGGGCACAGCUGGCUGCCUUCCUUCUGUUCCUUUUGCCUGUUGUAGCGGGGCCCUUGACCUCCUCUGAGCUACGUGACCCUAAAGUUGGGCGUAGUUAUCCCAAGGAGCCUCGGAGAUGGUGCCAACCAUCUUUUGAAGAUGAUUUUUAGGAUGAUUUUAAUAAGAUCCCUAAGGGCUGAAAAGCUAAUUAGCAAACAACUCAUCCUAUACGUGAACUGCGUUACUUGCAAACCCCAAAUGAGUGUUUUAGCACAAAACUCUUACAUUAUAGUUUGCUGAUGCUCUAUUUAUUUGCAGUGAGCUCGGCUUUGGAUUUCGACACGUUCCUCAGCUGUCAGAAUCCUUACAGCCCGUGACUGUCUCAGCCGUGGCCACUCCCGGAGCAAUGCAAUGAGAAAUCUGGCAAGGCAUGACAGGCUCGUGAAGCUCAACGGGAGCAGGGGAGAUCAUUAGCUAAUCAGUGCGAUGGGGCUGCCGUGAACAGG